AUUAAAAUCAACACAACCGUUCCCUAAUUUUAUUUUACCAACAAAACCAACGAACGGUGUAAACUUUUCGGAAUGGAGUCACCUGAAAAGAGAGACCAAGAAUUACCCGAUGGUUGGGUUUUAUGUAAGUCCAAAUCGAUUCCGGGGAGAAACUAUUAUUUUAAUAGGAAAACCGGAAAAUCUUCAUGGACGCAACCGCAGGAUGACGAAGAUUACCAAAAGAAAACUUGCAAAAAGGAGAAACUAUUAAAAAAACAGGAUAAGAGAAAUAGAGAAGAGACUACAAAGAAAGUUGCAAAACGAAAAAGCGAUGGCAAUGAAGAAUGUACAUCAAAGAAAAAGACCAAACAAGAUACCACAGAUGCUUCAUGCAGUAACAUUAGUAACACCAGUAAAUCUGGUAACAUCAGUAAAUAUAGUAACACAAGUAAUACCGGUAACCUCAGUAACUACAGUAACAAGCAGAGUCCGAUACAAAAUGAGAGGAAAAGAAAGAUUGAUACUCCACAAAGUACAAGCACUCCAAAUAGGCUUCCAAAAAGUACACCACCGAAAACUGUUACUUCAAGAAGUGCGCCAAGUUCAGCAGAAACUUCACAUAAGCAUUCUCCCAUAAAGAAUUUAGCUAAUACAAGAUUAUCAAAUUUAAGAAGCAUGUUAAAUGCUGAAGUUAAAAAUGAGGAAAGUUUGGAAACAUCGCCAAGUAAAAACAAAAUAAGCCCUAAGAAUGAAACCCCACAGAAAUCUAAAACAGAGCGUAAAAGUCCAUUAAAUGACUCUAAAACUACACAAUCGCCAAGCAGCGACAGUUUACAGUCGAUUCCAUCGCCUUCACAAUUCUUUGCGGCAAAUAAAAUAAUCUCAUCUAUGAAAGCACAGUUGCCGGAGGAAUAUUGUAAUAAGGAGAAACAGAAAGACACUUUUGCUGAUAUUGAGAAAGGUAUAUGCAGUCAGACACCAGAAUACCCAUUUUCAAAGCACCCUGCCACACCACCACAAUUUUCAGAAGCUAGUAAACUUGUGUCUGCUAUAAAAUCCAAAUUAGCUUACAAAGUGUCAUCGUCAAAAGAUGUAAAGCCGUACUCGUCAGCAAAAGAUAGGAUGGAAUCCUUGAGAGCUAAUCUCAGUUUGGAAGCUGAGAGAGAAGGGGGCAGUUUUUUAAAUAAAAGCAAUGAAUUGGAUCCUAUAAAACAUGUUGAAGCUAUGGAGACCGAAGAUAUAAGAGAGGUUAAAUGUAACAUUCCAACAUUUCCAGUGCAAAAGGAGAACGUCACCAACACAGAUAAUGUAAUACUGGUUGUGGAUACGAACAUAUUUAUACAUGACCUGGACUGUAUCAAGAAUGUACUCAACUCACAUAUUAAAGGUUAUAGUGAGCAACCAACACUUCUAGUGCCGUGGCGAGUUAUAAACGAGCUGGAUCGACUCAAAGACAACAAUAACGGCAACGGGGCGCUUUGCAAACGCGCCAAAGCAGCAAUGGACUACCUUUAUAAGUCGCUACCUGAAAAUAGUCGAAUCAAAGGGCAGUCUUUAAGGGAUGCAAACUCUCAUAUCUACCCCUGCGAGGUUCCCGAUGAUGAGAUACUGAACUGCAGCUUGCAACAGGUCGAGAGGGGAAGAAAUGUGAUCCUAGUGUCGAACGAUAAGAACCUAUGCAACAAGGCGUCAAUCAACGGGGUGAAGCGAAUAGACGUGAGGGAAUUGAAAAAUCUGGUCGAGAACAAACCACAGCCUAGCAAUCCUGACCUCUUGGCCAGUGUAAAACGUUAUCAACAAACUAUAUAUCACCUUUUGGCCAACAUACUGGAGAAUGAAAUGCGUGCGAUGUACGACAAUCUAUGGCAGCAUGUUCUGUUCAAAGCGCCGCCCUGGACGUUGGCGGAUGUGCUCCAAUGUUUGCUCAAACAUUGGAUCGCGGUUUUCAACGAAGUAUUCCCUCGGAUAGAGCACCUUAUAACAGACCUCAAGAACAGUUUGAUGACUAUUGAGAAGAAAAAUCCUAAUACGCUUACGCAAUCAGAAGUUGCGAACUUCAAAGAGCUAUGCCUGGAUGUGGCGAAACGGUGUCAGAUCAUACCGGAGUAUAUGGAGCUGGCGAAGGCGACGGUCGAGCGACUGUUGCGCAACGGCAAUGAAGUCGACGGUACUGAUGCUGUAGUUGAUGCUUUCGAGGGACUAUGGACCGUUUUUUCUAGCUAUUGUGCCAAGUUGUCGAACGCACUGGGCAUCCCGCACAGUAUAGAAGACAAGUUGUCCGGGAACGAGCCCCUGGCCGUUCUCACCAGCAAAUGGACGCUCUUCAGCGGACAUGUUAAUGAUCUCACACUCGCUAUCCAAGGCGUGCUAAAUACAGACAUCACAGAGAGUAUAGACACACACGUUCAGAGGUUAGAAUGUGUGUUCAGAGAUGCGCUAUCCGCUAUAUGUAUGAACAACAUCGUCACGAGGGAGGAUCUGCAUUCGUUUUGCAUCAAAUGCAGGAACAUGCUACAGGAAGCCCACAGCAAAUUCUCCCAACUAACGGAAAUAUUGAACGUAUGUAACAAUAGGUUAUUUAGUGAUAAUAAUAUGAAUUAAUUGCGUUGUAUAGUCACAGUCAAUACGGUAAGAUAAAAUUAUUUACUGACCAUUCCAAUAAGGGGCGAUUAUUCAAUAUAAUAUAGUGUUUAACUGAGGAAUAUAUUUGAGGUUUUCAUAUUCUUCUUAUAGUUUCAAUAUAUUAUAUGUAUUUUUCUGCAUUAAUUGUAUGGAAGGAAAACUAAAUUGAUUGAACUUAAUUUGCUAUAAUUUGCGUCUACCAGACAAAAAUGCAUGGUAAAACUUAUAUUUUUU